GGUGCGCCUGUAGGCUGGCGGUCCGUACACCACUUAUCGUAAAGAAGAAGAAACAAUAGCCGCAGACUCUCAGGGCAGAGAACACUGAACGCACACAUCUCUGAACCCAGCUUACAUUAACUGAUAAACACAAAUCCCCAAAUGGAUCUAACCGAGCAGAUCAACCAGCUGGAGGCAGAUUUGCAGGAGCUGGGCUCCCUCUUGGAGAAGGCAGAGAGGAAAAGAGUGCAGGAGUUGCUGAAGCAGGAGCAAAAGAAGGUGGAGAAGGAGCUUUCAGUCAAACGCCAACAGAAGGAGCAACAAGCCAGGAGAGCGGCAGACCCGUCUGCUGCCUCUAAAGCAACGUACACAGUCAAGAUCACCAACUAUGCUUGGGACCAGUCAGAGAAAUUCGUCAAAAUUUACCUCACAUUGAAGGAUGUGCACACAAUUCCAUCAGAGAACGUGGAAGUCAACUUUACAGAAGGGUCCUUCUCUGUGUUAGUGAAGGAUCUAGGUGGGAAAAACCAUCAGAUGACAGUCCUCAACCUGUUAUACCCAAUUGAUGAAAAGGAGAGCUAUAAAAAGAUCAAAACAGACAUGGUCCUGGUCAUGUGCAAGAAGCAGUCAGCAAAGAAGUGGGAGUACCUAACAAAGGUGGAAAAGCUGGCGAAAGACAAAGAGAAACCCGCUGUUGAUGACAAUGCAGACCCCGGCGACGGCCUGAUGAACAUGCUGAAGAAGAUUUACUCAGAGGGAGACGACGAGAUGAAGAGAACCAUCAACAAAGCCUGGUCAGAGUCCCAAGAGAAAAAAGUCCGAGGAGAGGGCAUGAUGGACUUCUGAAAUGCACUCACUGCUCUUCCACAGCAGGACGGGCUGAAAACCGCCAGGGACGCAGCUGACAAGACUUGAAUAUUAAAUGUUGUGGGUUGAAACUUAUGUCCGAUAUAUACAUAUAUAAAUCAUCAUACAUAAGAUGUUGGGAUUAAUGUCUUAGCCCCUCAUUUUUGGCCCUGGUAUUCUGAGAGUCAUGAGACAUAAAACAUAAACCUCUCAACAGAUUGCACAGAAAAUGCCUGCCCAGGCACAAGUGUGCUGUCCAGCAGAUGGCAACCUUAACAUGGCAAAAAAAAAAAAAGUUUUUGCCACUUUUAUUUUGUUUUGAAAAUCUAGAUUUCAUGGGUUAAAGGACCACAAUGCAGUUGUUUUUCUUGAGAUAUAUGUCUGUCAGUAGUUCAUAGUAUAAUUUUGGACCAGAGUGAAUGAAACAUAUGAGACUUGUUCUGUACAGUUACAUCUUAAUAUUGUUCUGCGCAGCCAAACUGAGCUGAUAUUUAAGAUGUCUUCAAGUGUACAUUUGCCAAAGUCAUGCUUAUAAUACUUUGAUGGAUAUUAAGCUUGCCACAAUUUGUUGGAAGAUUUACUGUCAGAAAAAAGUGAUGGCAUCAAAUGUUGUUAUUGCCAUGUAAUGCAAUAGACAACAUGAUAAUAUUCAUUAUAAUAUGGAAGGCACACCCUUUCAAAGAGCAGUAAAUUCUGAAUUGUUAAUGUUUAGACAUUGCAAUUGGAGCAAUUGGAUUUUUUGUUUUUCUUUUUCUUUCAUUCCACAAGUAGAUAUAGCUGCAAAUACAGCCCCACUGAUGCAUCAGCGCAGUGUAUUCUUGUGUAUUACUGCAUGGGUCUGUUUUUUAUUCCAUUCCUGUUGCAUAGUGCAAAGCUCUGAAACACAUUGUUUGUCAUUCCUUAACAUGUCGGUCUCCGAAUAUAACCUUUAUUCACAGCUGCACUAUUCAACGGUUGUGAUUGUCCCUCCGACAUUUGUGAACAUGUCAAAUUUAGUUUUAAUUACGCUGACUGUCUUUACUUUGGUUGUUGUCUUCAUCUGACGUGUCUUGUUGCUCGCCCUCAGGUUUGUUCAUGAAGUUCUCACAAAUACAGAUCUUCAGACUCAU